CUGCUGUUUAUUACUUUAACCAAGUAUGCUCUAGCCCAGAGUUACGCCAAUGCCACGACCAGUGCUGUACCAAGUUCUACCACUGUCAAUGGCACCACUGUAGCCAAUCCCAGUGCUUUCGUGACCAACCUGCAAUUGUCUGUCGAAGGUAAUCUGACCAUUGUUCUACCAGCAUUUUAUUACAGCUUUGUAAGACUGACAUCGUCCANNGACCUCUGGGAUCUCUUCGUCGGUCCAGUCGAUGUCGCAGACACCACCACUACUGUUCAGGCCACCCCUGUUCCAUCCAGCUCUUUGAUCCCUCCACCUUAUAUAGGCAACUAUGCAUUCCCACCUGGCCGUCAAAUUCCCCUGGUCACAAAGAACGAAGCAUGGAGCUUCCCGAAGGACUUUUAUCUUGGUGUUGCAGGUGCCGCGUUCCAAAUUGAAGGUGCUGCGAAAGCUGAUGGCAAAGGACCUUCAACUUGGGAUGUGAACAUGCAUCGUGUACCUAACUUCGUCGCUGACAAUAGCACUGGAGACAUCACGGAUAACAACUACUACAUGUACAAACAAGGUAAGUUGGAAAUCCGCAUGCUAAGAUAUAAGGGGGCUAACUUUAGUUCUUGCCAAANNGACAUUGCACGUCUUGCUGCUAUUGGUGUCAAUGCAUACUCUUUCUCUAUUGCCUGGACACGCCUAUUCCCUUUCGGUUCCGGACCAGUCAACGAGCUUGGUAUAGCUCACUACAACAUUGUGAUUGACACGUGUAUUAAAUACGGUCUCACGCUCAUGGCUACUCUCUACCAUUGGGACAUGCCUGCUGUAUUGCAGAACAAGUAUGGUGGUUGGCUGGGCGAAGAAGUCGUUCAAGACUUUACAGAGUAUGCUCGUAUAGCGUACGGUCGAUUUGGGGACAGAGUUAAACAAUGGUUCACCAUCAACGAAAUGAUUGUGAUCUGCACACAACAGUACCCGAUGCCUGACGGAUACUGGCGUAAUUUCUCAAUCCCAAAGAUUGAACAGCAAUUCGUGUGUAGCCGAAAAAUCCUGCUUGCACAUGCUCAGGCCUAUCGACUGGGAAAGUUCAUCGUACCAGACGCCUCUAUCACAUUCAAACAUAACGGUGGAUACAAGAUUCCUCUUACCAAUAGCUCUGCUGACGCCGAGGCUGUCCAAAGGGCAUGGGACUUUAAUGAAGGCCAGAAGAACCUCAUGCGUGGAUCCGCCGACUUCUUCGCUCACGAUGCUUACACAGCUCAAUUCUACAUGGCUCCUGACGCGGAUAUCGACUCUUGCAUAUCCAAUUCUAGCAAUCCCCUCUAUCCUACAUGCGCCAACAGUACCUACGCCUAUGCACCAGCCCAAGGCAACUGCGUCAUAGGUCCCGCAGCUGACCCUCACGCGCCAUGGCUUCACCGCCCAACCGACUGGUUCCCAGCCUUCAUGUCCUACAUCAACACCACCUGGCCCUCCCCGGCAAUCCAAGUCACCGAAUUCGACUUUGCAGAGCCAUUCGAGGCUUCCAAGACGCUACUCCAAGAUAUCCUCUGGGAUCCGAUUUGCACUUCAUACUUGCACGACUAUAUGGAAGCUAUACUCAGCUCUUUGAGCGAAGGUAUCAAUAUUACCGCGGCAUUGGCUUGGAGUUUUGUCGAUAAUCUCGAGUGGAAUCAAGGUAAGAGCGUUAGGUUUGGGAUGCAAUAUGUCAAUUUCACAGAUCCGUCGCUGGAGAGACACUACAAGGCUAGUUUCUUCGAGUAUACCAACAUGUACAAGACAUAUGUAGGGAAG